AUGCUACGGGGUUGGGGCGGGGGGGAAGGUUUGAGGUUUUCGCUGACCGUGUCUCGCCCUCAGCGCAAACUGCUGCCGAAGUUGCAUGAACGCACGGGGAAGGAGCAAGCGGAGCGCGGAGGCAGCAGCAGAGCGGCGCGCGCGGGCUGCCUGGCGCGUGCUGCGCAGGAGCUGUGCGCCAACCCCCAGUUCAUAGCUGGCGGAGCCACUCGCACAGACAUCUGCCAAGGAGCUUUAGGAGACUGUUGGCUCUUGGCAGCUAUUGCAUCUCUCACCCUGAAUGAAGAAAUUCUUGCCCGUGUCGUUCCCAAAGAUCAGAGCUUCCAGGAUAAUUAUGCAGGAAUCUUCCACUUCCAGUUCUGGCAGUACGGGGAGUGGGUGGAUGUUGUGAUUGACGACAGGCUGCCCACCAAGAACGGGGAGCUGCUCUUCGUCCAUUCAGCGGAGGGCAGUGAGUUCUGGAGCGCCCUGCUGGAGAAGGCUUAUGCCAAGCUGAAUGGCUCCUAUGAGUCUCUUUCUGGGGGCACCACCACGGAAGGCUUUGAAGAUUUCACUGGUGGAAUUGCAGAAUGGUAUGAGCUGCAGAAGGCACCGUCCAACCUCUUCAAAAUCAUUCAGAAGGCACUUCAGAAAGGCUCUCUCCUUGGCUGCUCUAUUGACAUUACAAGUGCAGCUGAGACAGAGGCAGUCACUUCCCAGAAGCUGGUCAAAGGACACGCGUACUCUGUUACGGGUGCAGAAGAGGUGAACUUCAGAGGAAGCGUGCAAAAGCUGAUCAGAAUCCGAAAUCCUUGGGGGGAAGUGGAAUGGACCGGAAAAUGGAAUGACAACUGCCCAAACUGGAAUGGCGUGGACCCUGAGGUGCGGGAGCAGCUGACUAGGAGACAUGAAGAUGGGGAAUUUUGGAUGGCAUUCAAUGACUUUCUGAGACAUUACUCCCGCCUUGAGAUCUGCAAUUUGACUCCAGACACCCUAGCAAGUGACAGGUACAAGAAGUGGAGUCUGAUGAAGCUGGAUGGGAACUGGAGACGAGGAGCCACGGCUGGGGGUUGCAGGAAUUACCCAAAUACUUUCUGGAUGAAUCCACAGUACUUAAUCAAGCUGGAAGAAGAAGACGAGGAUCCUGACGAUCCUGAGAAGGGCUGCACUUUUCUCAUUGGUCUGAUUCAGAAACACCGGAGGAGGCAGAGGAAGAUGGGAGAGGACAUGCACACUAUUGGCUUUGCAAUUUAUGAGGUGCCCCCAGAGUUUUCUGGCCAGACGAACGUUCAUCUGAGCAAAAACUUUUUCCUGACAAACAAAGCAAGAGAAAGGUCGAACACCUUCAUCAACCUCCGAGAAGUGUUGAACCGGUUCAAGCUUCCUGCAGGAGAAUAUAUUAUCGUGCCAUCUACCUUUGAACCCAACAAGAAUGGGGAUUUCUGUCUCCGAGUCUUCUCCGAAAAAAAUGCAGAUUCCAAGGUUAUAGAUGAUGAAAUUGAGGCGAAUUUUGAAGAGACUGAGGUCAGUGAAGAUGACAUUGAACCCAGCUUUAAAAAACUCUUUGGACAGCUAGCAGGAAGUGAUGCAGAGAUCUCCGCCUUCGAACUGCGCAAUAUCUUGAAUAAAAUCAUGGCUAAACGCCAGGAUAUUAAAUCGGAUGGCUUUAGUAUUGAGACAUGCAAAAUAAUGGUUGAUCUAUUAGAUACUGAUGGGAGUGGUAAACUGGGGCUGAAGGAAUUCCACACGCUCUGGACAAAAAUUCAGAAAUACCAGAAAAUUUACAGAGAAAUUGAUGUGGAUCGAUCUGGUACCAUGAACUCGUAUGAGAUGAGGAGAGCACUGGAAGCAGCAGGGUUCAAGCUGAACUGCCAGUUACAUCAAGUCAUUGUGGCUCGUUUUGCUGAUGAAGAGCUCAUCCUUGAUUUUGAUAACUUUGUCCGGUGUUUGAUUCGGCUGGAAACUUUGUUCAAAAUAUUCAGAAAACUGGACACUGAGAAAACUGGAGCAAUAGAAUUGAACCUUGUUACUUGGCUGUGCUUUACUAUCAUUUGAAGCACUGAUAUUAGCGGAAGACACCUCAAAAAGAGCAAGAUUAUGUGAGGAUAAAGCAUACCACCCAAAAAAAAAAAUAGUGGAUGUGCCUUAAUUUAUGAAUGGUAACGUCUCACUAUUACUAGGCAGAAUCAGCAGCCUAAUUCAACAACAGAAGAACCUGCAGCCUCAUUUUAGAGCUAUGAUGGUCUUUAUCUACUAUUUUAUAUAAUGAUGGUCUUUAUCUACUAUUUUAUAUAUAUAAAAAUCUCCUCUCUCUAAAAGUUUUAAUUUAGUAAAGCCUCAAUGUAACUUUUGAAACUACUGCUUUCCUAAUAGCUUCAUAUUUGAUGUAUGGUAUGUGCUUUCUUGAAGAAAAACAAUCCAACCAACCUG